AUGCAGCCAAACCACCUUGAGCCUCAUCGGACUAUUCUUGACGGGAACCAGGAACGUUCGCUACAUGGCCCCAGAGAUACCACCACCGCAACUACGUCACGAGAAACUGUGAUUCCAUCACAAAAUACGUCUGGUGGACGACAUACCAGAUCAGAAGAUUCGUGGAUAGAAAUUGCGUCUCAACCGUCAUCCUCUUCCCUAUCUUCUGUCACUGCAAGCGAUGAUAUUGUCACGACAGGGCUUCGGGUACGGCAGCGACGCCACCAAAGAAUCCACCGCCACGCUUCUGUGGCAGGUAAUUUAAAUAUUCAUUACUCGCGCCGCUCUCCUAGUGUUCCAGGAAGUAGUCAAGAUGAAUAUGAAGAGAGUGAGAGCGAGUCAGACCGGGUUCUGAGCAGCUCAAACGAAGAUCUCUCACGCGGAAAUGCGAUGCUAUAUCGUGGGAAUUUAUCAACAUCUGAUGUCGCAAUUUCAAGCGAUGAAGAUGACAACUCUACCGCUCUUGGUUUGACCUCGAACCCACCAACUUUCACUCCACAGCCAAAUGCAUUUUCACACCCUCCCGCUUCGCAAACCCAACGAUCGAGACCGUCCGCUUUUACUACAAAUCCGAUAUCAGCGCCUCCUAGCCUCCGGGCUAGAUCAAGGAGAAACUCGCGCUCUAGCCUUCACCCUGCACGACUUUCGCGCCAGCAUCAACAUUCCCCUUACAAUAUGAUAUCCCCUUCCUACCAAGCCGAUAACGAUGCUGCUCUACGAGCAAGCCUUUCCACUCUUCUAUCCUGCGCAGCCGCGGCUCGUGGGUUGCCCAAGCAAGACUCCCGACCCCCAACAACCGAGAGAUCCGAACCUUCGUCCUUUCGAUUAGUUCCCAAAUCUAUUGCUCUGGGAGAGGACCACAGCCAAGAAUGUGCCAGGACGAUAGCACCCACCUUUAAUACCAUCCCAGGACACUGUCACACCCCCCCAAGGUCCUCAUCCUCUAAACGUGCUGCGUCGCCCGAUUCAGCCCAUAAAGCAAGACGAAAAACCAACUCGUCUCGCAAUCACUCUCCGUCCUCAAAGCGGUCGCGCCGUGUGUCUAUGUCUCAGAGUUCAUCCAUCAUCAGCCCCACCGUUAUGACCUGGGUAAUCAGCGCUGGUGUGGUUGUUUUGUUCUCUGCCAUCAGUUUCUCCGCUGGAUACGUACUAGGGCGAGAAAUAGGCCAUGCUGAACAUGGUCUUGGAUCUACUGGACUUGAUGGAUUCAUCAAUGGGAACAGUUCGGGGAAUGAUCGUUUAUCAAGUAUCAAGGCUGGGGCUGGCUGUGGGAAGGAAGCGGUGAAAGGCGGAUUGAAAAAAUUUGGAUGGGUUGGAGGCGGCGCGGGAUCCAGUAUCAGUGCUUGA